AUGAGCAGACAGAGGACAAUAGCUGCCAACUUUGAUGAGCGCUUGCGUUGCCCUGCAGGCACGAGUGAGGAGGGCCGAGUGGAAGCUGCCUGUGUGGUGUGUGCUCGACGUUUUUGGGCGCAUGAGUUGAACAAGGUGCUACUCUUCACCGAUCCUGCCCAAGCAGAAGGGCUACCACAGCUCCCGGAUGGAGUGGAUGCAGCAGUCCGUCCAUCCCAGCAGCAUCGACUGUGCCGCCUGCUGGGAGUUCCGCGCUAUGCUGAGCGCUGGCCGCACAUUGCUUUGGAGGAGUUGCAGAAGUCUGCCGUUGAACAUCCUUUCCUCCCAGGUGAAUAUGUGCUCUUGCACCGGCGGCGCAUGCCGGAAGACCCCCGACAGCCGUCCCCUGUUUGCCGGGACUGCCGCACCAGCCUGACAGCCCAGGUUCUGACGUUGCCGCGCCAUGCCCUGGCGAAUGACCUGUGGCUUGGCAGAGCCUUGCCAGAGCUUCGUUCCCUGUCCGCGGGGACGAAGCGGCUCUUGCCCCUGGUGCGUGUGUGCAUGCAGGUCACCGUCCUGCAGCCGGUGGUGCUUCCCCAUGCCGAACGGCAGAAGGGCUUCAUCGGGAACACCAUCUUUUUGCCGCAAGCCAGUCCGUCCGCAGUCGAAGCAGUGUUGCCACCCCGCGCAGAGGACAUGGCCGAGCACAUCUUGUUCGUCUUGGUGGGCCACAACAGAGGCGACCUGCGAUCGUCGGCCACGAUGCAGGCACCUCGAGAGGAAUACGUUGCCGCUGUCGGGCGAAAGAGCUCUUACAACGGGGACCGGCGGACGCUCAAGGCCAAGAGAGCAGCCAGCAGGAGGAGGACGACGCUGGCAUGGCGGAGGACACGGCGGAGUCCGGCGAGCGAGCGCACGAAGAUUCAGGACAGUCAUCUGAUUUCCAGCAUUGUCGGCCUGAAUGACACCUCGGACGAUGAGAAUCGUUGGUUGCGGGUUUGCCGAGACGUGGAGGAUCUGUGUCGUCGAAAGCCUCGACAGUAUGACACUGAUGCAGAGCUGGUCGUGCGCAAUCGGGCCAACAAUGACCUGGGUGUGGAUGCUGCGCAGAUGGAAGGAGCAAAUCUACUGGGUCGAGAAGGUGCGCACGAACGUGGAGUCCUUCGUCGCAUCCGCCAAGUCCAGACUGUGGCCGCGCAUGGGGUGGAGACAGAGCGACAAGCGCAAGGGCAAAUGUUUGAGGUCAGGCCACAGAAGUUGGUGGUGCCUUCUCGAGAUACCCCUCUGAGCAUGUUUGAGCCAGGGACCUGGGCAAUGGCUUUUCCUACGUUGUUCCCUUGGGGUGACGGGGUGCCUUUCUUGAAGAGGGAGACGAGCAUGGAAGCUUCUGAAGUGUUUCGUUAUUUACUUCUACGCGAAGAGCUCCAGUACAGCGGUGAUGCAGGUGUUGAAGAUGAGGAGCAGUUGCUCCCGACGAUGUAUGAUGUCCAACGUCGUUUGACGUUGAUGCGGGCCUCCAAGGCCUAUGUCAAGAGGAGUGGCUUCGGCCGCCACUGCUCGGUCAUAGCCUCCGUGACCUCCGAGCACCUCCUGAAGGCUAUGGCGUUGCACGGGGAGAAAGCGGACAUCCGCGAGUUGCUCCGCUCCCCGGACGUGGACGUGCCGCUCAAGCGCGCACUGGGUAGUGUCCUGCAGGCCAGUUCCAACGUUCUGGGCACAGAAGGUCACCGAUCUCAGAUCCGUCUGCGAGGCCACGCAGCUGGGUGGCAUUACGGCCCAAGUCACAUUUUUGUGACACCGAACUUGGCGGACUCGCGAGCUUCUCUGCUUUUGCAAUUGCAUCUGCAGGGGGGCUCGCGAGUCGAGGCCUAUGAGGUCGACCUGGCCUGGGACCUCGAGGCACCAGCACUGCCCUCGCUGAGCGCAAUGCGUCGCAUUCUAGCUGCCGACCCAGUGUCUCAAGCAAGGUUUUUUGACGUGAUGAUGACCUUGUUCUUUGAGGAGAUAUUGGGCACGUUGCCGCCGCUUACCCGCGCCAGCUUCCGAGGCGGUCUUGCCAGGGACUUCGAAGAUGGUUUUGCUGCUUCCACUCAUGCUGGUUGCUUUGGAGAUGUGGCAGCCUUUUGUGGCCCUCUUGAGACGCAAGGACGCGGUUCCAUGCACCCACAUAUUCUGGUUGUGCUUUUGGGGCACGACUUGGGCAAUCGCCUUCGCUCUGUUUUGGCCACCGCAGCGCGUGGAGAACUGGUCAUUGAGUUGGAACGCUGGAGUCGCGCCGUCCUACAAGCAGCCAGCCGUAUUCGCUACGACAGCCAGCAAGCUCUCAGUCAGCAGUUGGAACAAGAAGUCUGUCCACUACCGCUGAGCGAAAAUCAGCGUGCUGCGUGUGGGAGGCAAUACAGCGACGUGCCACUGAGGUCAACGGAGCCAGACGGCCACGAAGCGGCGACGGAGUCCAGUACACCUCUCCGACUGACCGGAUGCUUCGCUUCACUACGUCCACAUUAUGUCAGGAGGAGCAAGGCCGCUGCUUUCAACGCGGCCAGUUGGAACGCUGCGAAAGGCAAGCGGGGAUGUCGAUUUGGCUGCUUCCAAGUCGAACUACACAAAGAAACGGAAGACUCUGGACUGGAGAAGGUGCGCGCGCGUUGUUUGAAGGGAUGGCCUCGAGUUCAGCGUGCGCAGUUUAUGAUUCUACCACGUGAAAAUGUUCCAUUGGAGGAAGAGGAGGCCAUGAAGAAUGAGAACCCCCAUGUCUUUCAACCUCAACGGGACCAUCCCUUCGAAGGCAUGUCGAAUCCCAUAGCUCAAGUCAGCAUGCGGUGCAACGUCGACGUGAAAUACUUGGGACGUGGUUUUUGCGAUGCCGAUUUGCAGAAAUUGGCUGCCAAUGAAGAGGAUGGAGACGGACAGGGCGGAGAUGCACAGCCACCAGACGGGGAGCGCAAAAAGAAGGACAAGAGCUUGGACGCGCGGUUGCACAGAGUUGUUGUGGAUAUGUUUCGGGACAUGCAGGAUGUGCAAUUUUAUACUGGGGAGUACGCGAGCAAGAAGUUCGAAGUGUCUCGAUCUCUGCUGCCGGAACUCUUUGCCGGCGUUCAGCGUCUUGAAGCUGAAGAGGCACAGCGAGACAUGCCGAGCGGCCAUGACACCGCAGUGGCGGAGGCGGCACCGGUGCCCGAGGCUGCGUCGUUGCCUGCAGAAGUGGCCAGGUUGCGUGCUUUGAGUUUAUUGCGACGUCUUGCUUUUGGCAUGCAGAGAUGUGUUGCGAAGUCCAAUGGGGAGAUGGCCUACCAACUUUUGUUUCAGCAGGAGCAACUGGUCAGCUACAGUGGCUACAACAUGUUCUUUCGGUUUGUGCCCUAUGCCAUGUUUCGUUGUCGCGCAGUGGCCUUGGACGCAGCCGCCGCCAGUGCACCUCAUUUGAAAGUUCUGCCCCUGGAGCCUGUGGAGGCUGAAGAGACUGACGCAAUCCCUGUGCAAGAGGUUGCUGAGGUAUUCGACGAGGAAGAUUUGACGGAAAGUGGGAUCCCGACAGGUGGCACGAGGGUUGUGUCGCACAAUCAGAAGGAUGAUUACUUGCAUCGUGGUGCUUCAGAGUUGCGAACAGCAGACGACAAUGUUGUGGUGCCUGUGGAUUUGCGGCUUCCGGGGCAGAAUGAAACUGAGAAAUACGCUGCGUUUAUGCUGGGUUUGUCGUUGCCCUUUCCACGUUGCCCGGGUGCACAGCAUUGUGGAGAAUCUUGGCAAUGUUUUCAUUGUCAUGAGAUUGAAAAGUUGGAAGGGAACGGUUUCCUGCGAGCCUCUUUCUCCAAGACCUGGAAACAUUGGAAAGCUUGCAUGCAGGUGCGUAAGGUGAAUGCGCAGGAACGACUCUUGGCUGGCUUGAGUUUACCUUUUCUGCGUGACUUGGUGGGCUUACGCGAGUGGUGCGAUGUGUCUUGUCUCUACGAGAUGCUUCUGGAUGGAGCAGACCCUGAGAUCUCCGAAGAGAUGCCUGCACAGGAGCCCGCAGGAGAAGAUGCAGAGGACCAGGGAACUCUGUUUCCGAGCGCCUCCACACCUUCGCCUCUGUCGAGUACCUAUCAUUUGAUGUGGCGUCUCGGGAAGGUUUUCAAGGGCAAGCAUGGUCGCUACGUGGACCUACCUCGGAUACACGAAAGGAUUUGUUGGUCUUUGGGAAUCCCUUGUGGUUUUCACUACACACAGUUGACUCCGCUGGAGCACAUGUCUCAUGUGCAGCUGCAGUGGUUGGAGAGAUUCCGCCUGCACCACGAAGCACGACAGCUCAGCAGCAGCCAGAGGAGAGCUGAGCGCUUUGCUUACAUGACCAAGGAAGAGGAGGGCGAAGACGUGGAGGAGUGCUGGACACAGCACGUGCUUUUUUUAUGGGGGGCCAAGUCGUGGUAA